GUGCCGCCAUCACGGCAUGCGAGAAAGGAAGCCAAUGGCAGCUGGCCAUCCAUCUUCUCACCGAGAUGCCCUCGGUUCGUGUGGCGCCCAAUAAAUUCAGCUACAGUGCAGCAAUCAGCGCCUGCGAGAAGCAUGGCCGUUGGCAAGAAGCCCUCGUGCUGCUUUCAACAGUCUUGGCAAUUCAGAUUCAGCCCGACGUUGUGGUCUUUGGUGCUGGCAUCAGCGCGGCUGAGAAAGGUGGCCAAUGGCAACUGGCACUGCAGCUGCUGUCCACCAUGCUCCUCACAAGGAUUGCGCCGAAUGUCGUCACCCUCAGUGCCUUGGUGAGUUCCUGUGAGAAGGCUGGUCAGUGGCAGAUGGCCCUUCAGUUGCUGUUCGACAUGCCCGCCGCGAAAGUGGUGCCGAACGAGAUCAGUUUCAGCGCCAGCAUCAGCGCCUGUGAGAAGGGUGGGCAAUGGCAGCUGGCACUUCAGGUCUUGUCAAUGCUGCCAGAUGCAAGGCUGACAGCCAACAGAAUCAGCUUCAGUGCUGCGAUCAGCGCCUGUGAGAAGGCAGGUGAGUGGCGGAUGGCCUUGCACUUGCUAUCAAUCAUGCCCGCGGCCACGGUGGCGCCCGACACAAUCAAUGUCAAUGCAGGCAUCAGUGCCUGUGAGAAGGGCAAUCAGUGGGAGAUAGCUCUGCAGCUGCUCUCGUUCUUGGCCACAGACCGCCUGGCACCGGACACAAUCAGCUUUAGUGCGGCCAUCAGCGCCUGCGAGAAGUGCGGCAACUGGGAGAUUGCACUCCUCUUGCUGGCACACAUGGCCAUUGUGAAAGUGGAGCCCAAUGAGAUCAGCUUCAGUGCUGGUAUCAGUGCAUGUGAGAAGGGUGAUCAAUGGCAGAUGGCAUUGCAGGUGCUGUCCACGAUGCGCGAAUCCUCAGCCUUGCCUAACGUGGUAAGUUUCAGUGCUUGCAUCAGUGCUUGCGAGAAAGCUCGUCAGUGGCAGAUGGCACUGGCCUGCCUUGCGAAGAUGCUGGAGGUCAGGUUCAUGCCGGACGAGAUCAGUCUCGGCACUCUACUCACUGCCCGUGACAAGGCGAGUCAGUGGCAGAUGGCCUUGGCCUUAUACGCCCUUCUUCCAACCAACGCGCCGCCGGCUCGUAACCCCCUGAGCGCCCUCUCGGGCGCCUGUGAGAAGAAGGGCACGCCAGUCCCGACGCUGCACCACGCGCGGUUCAGGAUGUAUACGGGUUACCAGGAUGGGCUGUUAUAG